AAUGAAAAACAAUAAUCACCAGUAAUUUCACAUAGAGAAAGUAUAAUUGAGUUUAAGCGGAAGCGGGCGCUCAACAAAAAAUCUCUCCCACGCUCCCGCUCUAUCUUCCUCUCUUCCACUCACCGUCGCCGCUGUUAAUUGCAGAGGCCUCCCGCUCUCUCUCUCUCUCUCUCUCUCUCUCAAAUGGCGCAUUCUUGCGUCUCUUCUUCCCUUAGAUUUAACACGUCUUCACUUUAUCUCUCCUCUCCGAAACCCAACUCCUCUCCUUACUCAUCCAAAACCUUCUAUCUCCCCUUCCAACCCCUCCCUUCCAGGUAUGACUUAUCCGGGAAAUUGAAGGAAUCCAAUCCCCGGAGCUCCACGGUGAAGGCUGUGUACGCUCCAGAGCGUUAUGCACCUGAGAAGAGCUCACGCCAUGGAAUUUGGUCGAUUAGGGAUGAUUUGCAAAUUCCUUCAUCACCAUACUUUCCAGCAUAUGCACAAGGGGCACAGGGUCCGCCUCCAAUGGUGCAAGAGCGUUUUAUGAGUGUUAUCAGCCAACUUUUUCAAUAUAGGAUAAUACGAUGUGGUGGAGCAGUAGAUGAUGAUAUGGCUAACAUUAUUGUUGCCCAGUUGCUCUAUCUUGAUGCUGUGGAUCCUACUAAGGAUAUAGUCAUGUAUGUGAACUCUCCAGGUGGAUCGGUUACAGCUGGUAUGGCUAUAUUUGACACAAUGAGGCAUAUUAGGCCUGAUGUUUCAACCGUAUGCGUCGGACUAGCAGCUAGCAUGGGAGCUUUUCUAUUGAGUGCUGGUACGAAAGGAAAAAGAUAUAGCCUUCCCAAUUCAAGAAUAAUGAUCCAUCAGCCUCUUGGUGGUGCACAAGGUGGGCAGACUGACAUUGACAUUCAGGCGAAUGAAAUGUUGCAUCACAAAGCAAAUUUAAAUGGUUAUUUGGCCUACCACACUGGUCAAAGCCUAGAGAAGAUCAACCAAGACACAGAUCGUGACUUUUUCAUGAGUGCUAAGGAAGCCAAAGAGUAUGGUCUUAUAGACGGUGUCAUCCUGAAUCCUCUUAAAGCUCUUCAACCACUUGCUGCAGCAGCAGAGCAAUAAUAGGGGCUUGGUCUUCAAUCUUCAACACAUUUUACGCAAAAGCAAAAUUGCAGGUUAUUUUGAUUCAAUUCAGGGCUAGAGAAUAUAGAAUGAUUGCCAUAAUGUUGCAUCUUCUAAUUCAGGAAAGUCAACGUACUGCAUUUGCGGCUAUUGUUAAUUUCUAGUAUCCUCAACUUAGUGGAGUCCCGUGGAAUGGAUGAAUCUCUUCUAUAUGUGAUAUGGAUUUGAAUUUCUGCGGUGGAGUUUUCACCAUCAUUA